CACUCGGCAGUUCCGGCCUGCUCUGCUCUGCACUCUUCUUGCUCACCCAAAUCUCCUGCACUCGUCUGUUUGAAACUCUUGACAUAGCAUUUAUUUACAUCGCCAUAAUAUCCUAAUGUCAUUACCUAGAGCUAUCAUUCAGAUUGUCAUCACCGGGUCCGGAAUUUUGGGCAAGGCGUUCUACGAGGCAGGCAGACAGGCGAUGAAAAAUGCCCAAUACCGACCAGCCUCCAUAUUAGGGAACGAAGUUGCCGGCGUAGCAGGCGCAAACACUGGUUCCGCCACGGACGUGCUUACACGACAACACAGAAUGACGCUGGAUGAGGCGCACCUAAUCCUCAACACCAAAAAGGGCGACGUGAUGCCCAGCGUAUUACAAAAAUACGAACAUUUGUUCAAGGUCAACGCCCCUCCUGCACCACCAGAAGCAGGCAAACCACAUCCAAAAGUACCCCCACCGUACUCGCAUUAUCUACAGUCCAAGGUCGUUCGUGCGAAGGAGCGCAUCGAGGCAGAGCUGAAUGCACCGAAGGACGCGCCUGGCGGACCUGCCCCACCGGGAAGCUCGAGUCCGGCAAGCGCUGGCCCGACCGCCGCGGGGGAAGCACCCCCACCCGGAGCAUCAUCUUAGCGGUCUUAAUCAUGCGGAGAAGGCCAGGGUAUUUGAUGGUAGGAUGGGGAAGUGUGGUCAGCUGGAUGCGACUUCUGUCUUUCUCUUUCGGACAGAAGAAGCAUGGGAGCGCGCGACGAAGUGUUGGUGGAUAAGAUAAGUGAAGGACCUCUGGGUGAAUGAUCGUCGCAACGUGCUGCCAGCGGCGUGUUUAGGUGUUUAGACGUAGGAGUGAGGGUUGUCCAACGGGAAUAAAGCGGGAGUGCCCGUAGAUAGAUGAGAUGACAUACCCGUGACGAUGCGGGAUGGGCUCGGUCAGUUAGCACUUCUUUGGAUGUCAGAAGGUGUGUGUUGUAU